CGACUGUAUAAAAAUGGCCAGCACAAGAGCUGGUGAGCAUGUGCUCAUCAUCAGUACAGUUUCAGUUCUCUGUAUCAUUGGGACUCACCUUGAGUAACGUAACGGGCCCAGGCUGCCUGUGUUUUUAGUAUCGGAAAAUUUAUCUUGUUACUUGUAAGCAUGCAGGAUGCAAAUUGAGUGUUCGGCUCCGACUGUAGUUGUGGCCUAUGUAGGGGUAGGCCUUAGUCCCGUGAUGACCAUCUAAAAAAUGACCCUGGUAAAAAUGCAACUAGGGGAAACGUGGGAGCAGUGUUAAGACAAAAUUAAAUAUUUGUUUUAAAAACUGGGUCAAAAUCGUCAUGGAUGAAAGUCCAGAUCAGCUGAGCUUACUAGCAAUGGAUUUGCCUCGGCACAUUGAACACAGUGCAAGCAAAGAUGACUCGGCCGUGGUAAACGGUCGGACGAAGUCCAUCUACUGCAAACCAGCUUUAGACCAAACCAAUUUGUUAUCUCACCAGCGUUCGUUUGCAACUUCUCGGUCUCUUCAGGAAAGCACGACUAUGAAGAGGUUUUGGAGGAAAAAGAGAAACCCGAACUAUGGAACCGAACAGCCCGCCUCCGCGAUCGUGACGACCGGGUUGGCCACGGGUCGCGUCAGCGGCGAUAUGGAUCCCUUCCCACCGUACCUUCCGUCCUCGAACGAUGUACCCACCGAUGUACCGGCGUAUUACAGCCAAGAUUCCCCAGCACGCGCCAGCAACUACAGUGAUCGAGACGACGAAUCCUUGUUGAAUUUGAGUUGCAGAACAGAUGUCGAUCAUUGUCACGCUGCAUCUUCCAGCAGCGGGCCUGAUACCACCUCCAACCGGCGGGCCCAGAGGCAGCUGAUGUUCGCAACCGUCGUCUGCUUUUUGUUCAUGGUUGGCGAGCUUGUUGGGGGAUGGAUCUCAGGCAGUCUUGCCAUCAUGACAGAUGCAGCUCAUCUACUCAGUGACUUCACCAGCUUCCUCAUCAGUUUGUUUGCAUUGUGGAUAGCACGGCGCCCCCCUACGGCCAAGAUGUCUUUUGGUUACUUUCGAGCAGAAAUCCUUGGUGCUGUGGUCAGUGUACUCAUGAUUUGGGUGGCUACGGGUAUCCUCGUGUAUCUGGCUGUUCAACGCUGCAUAACCCAGAAGUAUGACAUCCAGGGAACGGUCAUGCUCAUCACUGCUGGCUGCGGACUUGGUGUAAAUAUUCUAUUGGCAGUAGUACUACACUUCUCCGGCCACUCCCACAGCCACGGUGGUCUGGGUCAUGGCCACAGCCAUGGUGGUGACAGCAGUGACCAUGACCAUGACCAUGACGACAAUGACACCCCCAGUAACAACCACGUUGCCAUGGGCAUGGCAGAGGAGCCUAAGGAUGAGGAUCAACUCCUGAACAUUGAAUCAGACCCCAUCUGUGUAGAGUCGGAGCCCCUGUUGGCCGUGGACACCAACGGGACCUUGCCGGCAGUGCAAACCAGGCACCCAAAGAAGCAUAAGCGGUCCCAGGGCAACAUGAAUGUGAGAGCAGCCUUCAUUCAUGUCCUGGGCGACCUCAUUCAGAGCGUAGGGGUUUGCAUCGCAGCCAUUAUCAUAAUAGUUAAGCCGGAUUGGAAGAUAGCGGAUCCUAUCUGCACCUUUGUCUUCUCGGUACUUGUUUUGGUAACCACCAUCUUCAUUCUGCGGGAUGCAGUUCAGGUUCUCAUGGAAGGUGUCCCCAGGCACAUUAACCUCCAUGACCUGCAUGCAGACCUGAAGAGUUUACCUCAUGUCAGAAUGGCCCACAGCCUUCAUGUCUGGUCCUUGACUACCAGCCAGGCCGCCAUGGCUGUACAUCUAUGCAUUGAUGCCGGGGAAGAUGCAGAAAUGGUCCUACAAGAGGCAUCCCAGCUCGUCCGCACCAAGUACCACAUCGGUUUUUCCACCAUUCAAGUCGAGCAUUACCAGCCCGAGGUGAUGAACAACUGUGGGCGGUGUCAAGAACCGAAGCGCUAAUGAGUAGGUGGUGUGGGAAAGGUCCAUUUCUGGGUUGGUGUUGUUUCUUUGGGGGGGGGUUAUAGGGUGUGUUCACAGGCAAAAGACUGCUUUAUAAUGCAGGGGGAAAGUGAAGCGACUUUGAUGUCGGAGAACAUUUGUGGUGAAACCUGCUGUAGUUGAAAUUUAUCCGCCAUUUGCAAAUUUGCAGGUCAAAGAGUUGAUGCGACGUCACUUGUUUGCUUUUAUGCCAAGUGUGAACCGAUUCAAAGGUAUGCCACAUUUGGUUACACUGUGUGGCUCGUAUUUACAGAGAUUUCCAAGAGGGCAGUAAUGGUUUUCCAAUUUUAUGGUUCAACAUGUACAAUAUGCAUCAUUACACUGCAUCACAGUGUGAGCAUUAAGAGAGCUUUAUAAAAGGACGCCAUGCAAGCUGUAUGUCCAUUCCUUUGAUUUUUCAUACAUGUCCAUUGGUUUUCUGAUGUAUGCAACUCGGUUAAACUGAUUAGAGGUAUAUUUUGGACAGUGAAAAGAUGUGUUGUUCACAAAGGUAGACUUCCAAUUCUUAAAACAAUUAGUUAUUUGUCUGUUGAGUCAGUGCCAAGUCUUGCAGUAGUUUCAUAUUACGAUCUCAACUCAGCUAUUAUCGGUGUGCCGAUGAACAAAAUUGCAACUCUUAGCCACCAGCUUGUUUUUCAGUAGUCCAAACUUCCAACAACUCCCACCUUCACAUCAGCACCUGUGAACUCUCCAACUCCACUGGAAUGGUGCAGACACUACGAUGUUGAACAGUGUAUCAGAACGCAGCAAGGCCAGAUGGGUAGUGGGGAAUGGGGCCAUGCCCCCCCCCCCCCAAUAUUUUGUUUCCACUUUGUUCCAGUUGUGCAUUCAUAAACACCAAAAUGUAGCCUCGACCCUCGGAGCGGCCGGGAGAAUUCGCAAAAUAUUGGCCCCCACUGAUUUUGCCCACCUCCCAUAUUGAGUUAUAGAUUGUCUCUUGGAAUGCAAAAGUAGAGUUCAAACAAGUGGCUACUUGUGGCCCCAGAUUGCUACUUGAUGGCAUGUUUCCAUACCAUGGGUACAUUCAUGCUGACAGGUGUACUGGAUUCUGCCUCUGUGAGUAUUCUCACAGUACACAAAAGGCUUUUGUGCUGUGAGCUGAGCAGAGUGGCACGGCUAAAAAUACAACAGAUAAACCGGCAGCUGUUUCAAAAGCUUACUUGAGCAAACCCAAACCAAGUAUCCACCCUCCCACCGCUGUUAACAAGUGAGAGUUUUACUGAGAAUAUAGUCCCUGUUUAGAACAGGACUGAAAUAUAUUAUGGUAUUACCUGAUGAGUUAGGCGGCACCUUCAAUAUCAUUAUGUGGAGACAUGGGUACAAUAGAAGUGAAAAAAGAGGAUCAGUUGAGCUGGCUCAAGGAGUGUAGUGGGUAAGGAAAAGGAUGACUAUUGUCAGUGUUUUUGGUUCAAAUCCUAGUGGGCAUUUCUUUUUCAAGUUCUUCUUUCUUGUUGGAAAAGAUCAAAUUUGAAAGGUUUUUAUAUUUACUGCCCAAAUUUGUAACCCUAUAGUAGAUGUUUUUAAGGUAAGAAGCUCACUUCAACGAAUUCUUGAUCAGGUAAUACCAUAACAUAUUUUGGGACCAAACAUGUAUGUGGUUGUGCGCAUCAUACAUCACUUGACAAGAACAUAAUAUCAAAUCAGUGCUCUGAAAUAUGUGAUUGCUGAGCUUUCGGCAAUCUGCUUGCUCUGAAGAAGGUACUCAGU